GGCCCAGUAACAGAGAUACCCCAGAGAGAUGUCCCCGUCCUCUGUAUUCCCAGGAUUGUACAGAGGAGUAUCACAGGACCCCACAGGAGGAUCAGGUAGAACGUCUUUCUUGUAUAAAGGCAGAAGAUAUAAGGAGAGAAGAAGAGACAUAUGUGACUGAUAUAAAGGCAGAAGAUAUAGAGGAAGAAGAAGAGACAUAUGUGACUGAUAUAAAGGCAAAAGAUAUAGAGGGAGAAGAAGAGAUGUAUGUGACUGAUAUAAAGGCAGGAGAUAUAGAGGGAGAAGAAGAGACGUAUGUGACUGAUAUAAAGGCAGAAGAUAUAGAGGAAGAAGAGGAGACAUAUGCGACUGAUAUGAAGGCAGAAGAUAUAGAGGGAGAAGAAGAGACGUAUGUGACUGAUAUAAAGGCAGAAGAUAUAGAGGGAGAAGAAGAGACGUAUGUGACUGAUAUGAAGGCAGAAGAUAUAGAGGAAGAAGAAGACACGUAUGUGACUGAUAUAAAGGAAGAAGAUAUAGAGGGAGAAGAAGAGAAGUAUGUGACUGAUAUAAAGGCAAAAGAUACAGAGGAAGAAGAAGAGACGUAUGUGACUGAUAUAAAGGCAGAAGAUACAGAGGGAGAAGAAGAGACGUAUGCGACUGAUAUGAUGACAGAAGAUACAGAGGGAGAAGAAGAAACGUAUGUGAGGGGUGAUCAGCAGUGUAAGGAGGAGGAGAUCCCUACAGAUAUCAGCACAGGAGAUGGACACACAAGCAGGAAUAUCUCAGAAGGACAUCUAAUGUUAUCCCCGGAUUGUGACAUAAAAGAUAAUGACAGUAGACAGGAUUCUCCAGGAGAUAACCCCAUUACCCCAAUUAUACAUCCAGCUCUAUCAGCUGAUCCCUCUGAUCCUGGGAAAUGUUCUCCUGAUCACUCUGAUAUUGGUGCAUCUGUUACAGCUCUGAGAGUAGAUUCAGUGUUUCCUUGUUCUAUAGAUGCACCAUGUUUUACACAGAACACAAACCGUAUUACUCAUCAGCCAGCUAAGGCAGGUGAGAGGCCAUUUCCAUGUUCUGAGUGUGGGAAAUGUUUUACAUAUAAAUCAUAUCUUGUUAGACAUGAGAGAAGUCACACAGGUGAGAAGCCGUAUUCCUGUUCUGAGUGUGGGAAAUGUUUUGCACAGACAUCAGCUCUUGUUACACAUCAGAGAAGUCACACAGGUGAGAAGCCGUAUUCCUGUUCUGAGUGUGGGAAAUGUUUUGCACAGACAUCAGCUCUUGUUACACAUCAGAGAAGUCACACAGGUGAGAAGCCGUAUUCCUGUUCUGAGUGUGGGAAAUGUUUUACACAGAAAUCAUCUCUUGUUACACAUCAGAGAAGUCACACAGGUGAGACGCCGUAUUCCUGUUCUGAGUGUGGGAAAUGUUUUGCAUGGAAAUCAGAUCUUGUUACACAUCAGAGAAGUCACACAGGUGAGAAGCCAUUUUCAUGUUCUGAGUGUGGGAAAUGUUUCGCAUAUAAAUCAGAUCUUGUUACACAUCAGAGAAGUCACACAGGUGAGAAGCCGUAUUCCUGUUCUGAGUGUGGGAAAUGUUUUGCACAGACAUCAGCUCUUGUUACACAUCAGAGAAGUCACACAGGUGAGAAGCCAUAUUCCUGUUCUGAGUGUGGGAAAUGUUUUUCAUUGAAAUCACAUCUUGUUAGUCAUCAGAGAAGUCACACAGGGGAGAAGCCAUAUUCCUGUUCUGAGUGUAGGAAAUGUUUUGCACGGAAACCAGCUCUUGUUAUACAUCAGAGAAGUCACACAGGUGAGAAGCCGUAUUCCUGUUCUGAGUGUGGGAAAUGUUUUGCACACAAAUCACAUUUUGUUAUACAUCAGAGAAGUCACAGUGAGAUGCCGUAUUCCUGUUCUGAGUGUGGGAAAUGUUAUUCAUCGAAACCAGAUCUUGUUAUACAUCAGAGAAGUCACACAGGUGAGAAGCCAUAUUCCUGUUCUGAGUGUGGGAAAUGUUUUGCAUGGAAAUCAGCUCUUGUUACACAUCAGAGAAGUCACACAGGUGAGAAGCCGUAUUCCUGUUCUGAGUGUGGGAAAUGUUUUGCACACAAAUCACAUUUUGUUAUACAUCAGAGAAGUCACACAGGUGAGAAGCCAUUUUCCUGUUCUGAGUGUGGGAAAUGUUUUUCAUCGACAUCAGUUCUUGUUAAACAUCAGCGAUUUCACAGAUGAGAAGCCAUUUUCAUGCUGUGAGAGAAAUAAAUCUGCUCUUGUUGAACAUAUUAGACAUUACCCAAGUACGGAACCAUUUACAUCUUCUGGAGUAUAAUUAUCACUGCCGUCCAAUGUUCCUCAAGGGUGAAUCCGAUCUCUUAUGCUUUAUAAAAUAUACAUGCUACCACUGGGUGAUAUAAUCAGACAUCAUGGCCUGGUCUACCACUGCUAUGCAGAUGACCUGCUUUUUGCUCCAUGUACUGAGAACCUAAUACCAAUCCUAAAUGGUUGUCUAGCUGAGCGCCAGGGGUGGAUGAUACCAGUUGGCUGUGACUCAGUCUUUGUGAAACAUAAUAGAAGCUCCCGAACAAAGGACAAGACUACAGCUUUACCAACCAUCUGGAUUUAUGCUUUGGUGUUCAGAAUUGCAAAAUACUGAACAUGUGCUGAAUCUUUGUGUUGUCCUGGUAUGUGGCUGACACAGACAUCAGGUAUCCGCCACAUACAAAUCCUCGUUCUUUCAUCUGUGGACCAUAGCCAGAAUCAAGCACUUGAUUCCCUCAGAAGUUCAUAGACUACUGCAAUGCCAUCUACCUGGGUCACCCAGCAAAAGAAUUACAGAGCUUGCAGCUAGUACAGAAUGCAGCAGCCAGGCUGUUACCUAACCAGCUCAUUCCUGCCACAUAACACCCAUUCUCUACUCCCUUCACCGGCUGCCUGUAAGAUGACAAAUCUAUUUCAUAAUUGGCUAACUGACCUUCCCAGCCCAACAUUACAUGGUCCAAGGAACUAGAAGCAGCUUCUGCCUCCUUACUGCCCUGCUUGCUUGCUUCUACAGAUGGACUGUUACCAGCAGUACCAAGAAUCUCCUGUCAUUCAUUUAUGGGUUGAACGUUUAGCUUUGACCAUGGAACUCACUGCCUUGCACAGUCCAAGAGGCCUCCACUCUAGAGACCUUCACAAGCAGACUGAUGACUGUUACUCACGCUUUUCAUUAAUGUACCUCUAUUUACUUCCUAAAUAAUACAUCCCAAAUGCUUAGGUCUUUUUUCUGCUGUUUAUUUUGUAUCUUGUGCUUUGUGUAAAUGUGAAUGUCUAAUACCAGUUUCCACAAUCUGUAUUGCUGCACGACAAUAUGGCGGCCAUUGGAACGUGUUUUCACUUCUUCUAGUUUGCCUAACUUGUUGCAGACACUCAUCUUGAUCAGGAGUGUCGAGUGUUUUCUUAUACAAGAUCCUGUCCAUAUAUACCCUGUACAUUAUCAUGUGCAUUAGAGUCACCCGGGUUCCAUCUGCGGUGGUUUGUUGUAUGUUACAUCUAUAUGGUGCGGAUACUCCCCUGUAUUUCAUAAUAAAAGCUUUUGUUUGCAUCUAA